AUGGAAAAUACAAAUACAACCAAGGCACAAAUAACAGAGGAGAGUCAUCAGCUCAGACAAACACCUACAAAAGUUACAGCAAAGCGUAUGCGAAGCAGCCCUGGUGAACAACAAACUAUCAACACAAUGAAUAUACAAGAUAUGAAGGCGAUGUUUGCUGAACUUUUAGAUGACAAAAUGAAAAAUUUGGCAACGAAAACGGAUAUAGAAGAUAUAAAAGAUAAGCUAGUAGAAAAUGCGAAUCAAAUUCAAAGUCUGAAGGAAGAAAAUGCUAAGCUUAGAGAAGAAAUGCAACAAAUUAAAGAAUCGAAAGAAGUUGAUAGCAGGCGAAUAUCACAUUUGGAGAACCAAAGCAAGAGGAAAAAUAUUGUAAUCCGCGGCCUAGCUUGUGAUGCCAACCAACGGACAUUCGAUCGUGUAACUCAACUAUGCAACGAAGUUCUAAAUAUUCCAAGCCCACUGCCGAUAGCUUCGGGACGCGCUGUCUGCGGAGGAAAUGAAAAUAGUAGUACUAGUAAUAUAGUUAAUAAUUUUAGAAACUUUCGUAUUUUGUCAUACAAUAUAAACGGUUUAAAAAAUAAAAUGAUCUUUCCAGAUUUUUUCGAAUUCGUCAAAGGCCAUGAUAUAUUUUGUUUUCUAGAAACACAUAUAGAGGAGAAAGACUUGGAAAACUAUAAAAAAUUUUUCUCGGGUUUCGAAUUACAUUUCAAAAAAGCUACUAGAACAAGUCAAUUCGGCCGUGCUAGUGGUGGAGAAAUGUAUGGAAUUAAAAAAGAACUAAGGAAUGCUGUCCCGUUAUAUCUAAACUGUAACGAUUGGGAAAAUAAUUUCCAACAACUGGCAAAUCAUCUGGUGGAGGAAAACGUUGAAAAUACAAUUUUAAUUGGCGAUUUAAAUGUCAGAAUAGGAAAUAUACAGCAAAACAUUGAAGAAAUAUUUUUAAAUGAAUUUAAAUCAGGCGUUGAGUGUAGACAAUCAAAAGACGUAGUCGCUAACAGCAGAGGAAAAAAGUUUAUUGAGCUGUGCUGUGAUUAUGGCCAAAUAGUGCUUAAUGGAAGAACGGCAGGAGACAUUGAAGGCAACGUCACAUAUAUAAGUAGUAAUGGUUCUGCGGUAAAUGACUUAUGCACAGUUUCACAAGAAAUGCUGACAUAUGUAGAAACCUUUACAGUAGAAGAAAGAGAAUGGUCCGAUCAUAUGCCUUUGGUGAUAAGUUUAAAAUUGCAAUGUGAAAUACAACAAAACACGGAACGAAAACUGCUUCCGACCCUCAAAUGGAAAGAUGCAAAUAGGGUUCAAUAUAGCAAAAAACUUAAGGAAAAUAUAAGGACAAAGCUGCAAAAUAAAACACAUCUAGACUUAUCAGAUUUAACUGAUGUUAUACUAAAAUCUACUCCCAAAAUACGAAAAUGUAAGGGAUUCUAUACCAAAAAAUCAAAAUGGUAUAACUUCCGAUGCUUUGUCGCGAAGAAAAAAGCUAAACACUUGUUGAGAAAAUAUAGAAGAACAGAGAGUAGCGCUACUAGAGCGAAUUACUUAGAAGCAAAUAAGAAAUAUAAAGAUGUAUGUCUGAAAAGUAAAGCUGAAUAUUAUAGAAAUCUAGAGACACGUAUAAACACAAUUAAAAAUGGCAAAGAAUGGUGGAAGCUAGUUAAAGAGCUAAGAAAUAGGCCUUUAAUAAAUGAGGUACGAAUUGCACCAAAUGAGUUUAAGACACACUUUGAAAAUCUUCUUAAUCACACGCAAACGGCGAAAGAUGUGCAUUAUGCUCCAAACUUUGUAGAAAUAGACGAGCUCGACAAACCUAUAAUGGUGGGUGAGAUAUUGCAGGUCUUGAAAAAAGCGAAAGACGGAAAAGCACCAGGUUUAGAUAGAAUCCCUUACGAAUUUUACAAAAAUGCAAAUACGGAAUUUUUAGAGCAACUCGCGAAGGCAUACAACCAGAUGUACGACUCAGGAAGGGCAGAUUCAAGUUCUGAACCGAGUAUAAUAUUUCCAAUACACAAGAAGGGAGAUAGUUCGGUUGUAACCAAUUAUAGGGGUGUGGCAUUUAUGAACACAAAAGAAAAAUAUUGA